AUGCGCUCUCGUCUACAGCAACACAGCAGACGACUGAUAGCACUACUGCUGGCCGUAGUUAUAGCAGAGCUUCUGUAUGUGGGUGCGUCGGUGUACGCAGUGCAAGGCGAUGGCGACUCCAUCCCGUCGAAGCUGACGUCGCUGUUCGGCGGUAAUCCGCUGGAUGUGCUCUCAGGAUACGCAGACCCCAACCGAAAGCUCCCGGGCCUGAUUUCAGGGUCCCGUCAAAGGCUGUCUGAUCGGCUACUCGCAUACGCGCUUCCGAACACGCAAGGUUUGACUGUCAAGCCCAGCGUUGACGAACUCGUCAACUACUAUUGGUUCUGGAAAUUCGAUACUGCGAUCCGCUAUGUGAUCCCUUGCACUUUGUCCCAGACCUUCCUAGGCCGCCUUCAAAAGCCCAUCAAAUCCCUUCAAGAAUUGUUCCCCGCGUCCCAAGUUGACAGCAAUAAUGGGGACACCACCAACAUUAAUGACGAGUUCCCAUUGCGGACGUAUAAUUACGAUCCGCGGGCCCCCACAUCUGUCUAUUAUGACGAAAUUUUGCACCAGAUCCGUGAAAGCGGUUCUUUAGAGUUCCAAAUCGACUCAGCCACGGGACUUCAGUUCCCAUCAUUUAAAAAUUUAACCCUUCCUUUCAGCUGGUAUGACUGGACCGAUUCGCAGGUUCUUAAUGGAUUUAUCGAUCUGCCGCUGUCUGAAAAACCACGAUGUAGCGAUGUCGUGCGUAAGUUUUACGAUCCCGAAAAACUUCUGGAAUAUGAACGCAAAUUCGGGGUCAAGCUAUUUGAGCAGGAUCGCGCUAAAGGUUUAGGGGCGUCAAAAUUUAGUAGCAUAUCUGGACUUGCCGAAAAAGACCCCGAAUUCAAGCUUGAUGACUAUUGUAGUAAUGAGCUCUCCAAUGUAUUACUCCCGGGUUUCAAAUCUUCCGCUCCUCUCAAAUUUUCUAGACCCGAGCUCUAUGGACUACAAGCUCGCACAAAUCUUUUAACUUCAAUGGAUUCUCCAAACUCUUUGACAUUUCUGAAUAGGAACGGCUCUUCGAUACAAAUUGAGGUGAGUAACGCGGAAGCACUCGACUUGCAAGGCAGGCCUCAGAAUAUUUUGUUCAAUGGAUUGUUGCAAAACUACAUGGAACGUAACUUGCCAUCGUUUCCGUCAAUUCCAAAAGGAGAUUAUUCGUUUGACAAUAUAAUGAAAUUCAAGGAACUUAAAACGCAGAUUUUCAACUCAUUGCACAGGAGCCACGAUUUAAGCGAGAGUCCAUCAACAACUUUCACAUCGGAUCCUCCCGUAGAAACCGAAAGUCCGAUUACAAAUGUGGAGAUGCCAUAUUUCAUUGACCUCACCGAAGAAGAUUUCGAAUUCAAUGCAAAGGAAAAAUUGCAGGAACUUCAGGCUUUGAGUAAGAGGACACGGCACCAGCAAAUGUACAUGGAAUCUCUUCAAGAAUCUUUAAACACCCUCACUAUGGAUCAUAAAAAGUAUUUCACGGAAGCCUCACUUGUCACCGACUACACACACAUGGGCCAUCAUUUCGAUUCUAGGUUUUUCAGAGGGAUGGUUGAGCACGAUGAUAUGAGAUCUAGGCUUGACGCAAUCGUUCGGGCAUGGCUGAAUUUUGUGCAUUCUAAUGGUCUCAGUUCGUGGCUUUCUCAUGGGACCCUCUAUGCCUGGAUGUACAAUGGAAUGGCAUUUCCUUGGGAUGGUGAUCAUGACAUGCAAAUGCCUAUUGUACAUCUCAACUUGUUAGCAGAGAGAUUUAACCAAAGCUUGAUAAUAGAAGAUCCAGAGGUUGGCAAUGGUCGGUUUUUCUUAGACGUGGGAAACUCAAUUACGAGCCGUGUUCACGGGAACGGGAACAACAAUAUUGAUGCUAGAUUUAUUGACGUGGACUCUGGUCUUUACGUGGACAUCACUGGAUUAUCGGUGUCAUCAGACGGAGCGCACAAUAGAUACAAACCGUUCGCUGAGGAAGCUUCGAAAACUAAUAAUAGUAAAGUUUUUUUCAAAGAUCCUAAUAUUGUUGAAGGCGUGUCAAACCUCUCGGCAUUCGACGUUUUAGAGAAAGAGCAGAAGGAAGGUAAUGUAACGGCUGGGCGCUUGAAUCACAUCAAUUGGUACUCGCAUGUCGUGAAAGGUGUCCAAAAUGGACAUGAGAAAGAAUCACCCGAGGAGCGCUACAACAUGAACAAGGCGGCCAAAGUUUACAAUUGCAGGAACAAUCACUUUAGCCACCUUUCCGAACUGUCACCCUUAAGGCUCACUUUUUUCCACGGUGCGAAAGCGUAUGUGCCACAUCGAGUGGUUGAAUUAUUGAAACACGAAUACGGUGUUCCAGCUAACUACACUUUCUUGCAGUAUGGAGGCAGCGCGUUUGUACCAGAAUUCCGUCAAUGGAUUGAUCGCUCCACGUUGCUGACGAUGGCGCAAACGCCUAGCUCGCCUGUUCGUGUUCCGGAGCAAUCCCUACAAGCGCUCGAUUUCCGAAACACAGUCGCACUAUUUCAAAACGCUGCUGUUGUCAGCGAUGAAAAUGUCGAAAGAUUUUUCGACUUCUUGUGGAACAGUUUCCAAAUGACUACAUUCCGUCAAAAAGAAUUGGAAUUGAUAUAUGACGAGGAUCGGUCACCUGCGGAAAAACGUUCUUCUCUAGAAAGUUUCGUUCGCGACCGCACCUUUACUGGUGGGUACAAAGAUCCUUUCCAAUAUCGCUUGGAAACAGUUGUGUGGUACAAUUUAUUGGAUAGAAGUUCCGCUUCCUAUGUUCGACUCGACAAGCUUCUCAAAAAGCAGAGCUUGCUAAAUGCCGACCGCCUUCUUGAAUUGAAUAUUUUAUACAAUCAAGGAAAUUUCCCCUGGACGAGCGAAGCCGGCUAUCAACAUCCGCCUAGCUCAAUUGACUACAAUCAUCGGGGCAGCAAAUUCUUCGUAAUGGGAGAGCACAGUCAUAAUGAGGUAUUCAGCUCUGAUCCAGAUGUUCCCUCGCCCCAACCCCCUAACGAGGGUUAG